UUCUGUAUAACAUCAGUGUAUAGUUGUGUCUUCUAGGUUGGGAACCACUGGAUUAAACUGUCUCUGUAUGUGAAAUCAUUCAAACCAGCUACAGGACAAUGCUGCUGAAGCAUCGAUGACUCAGGAUCAAUGAUCUGAUCGCAGAUCAGUCACAGGAGACAGGAAGUGCUGUAACUACUGAUACUUUACAGGAAGCGCUGUUACUGUGAUACAUUAACUACAGUACAUGCAUAUUUUAAUUUUUCUUCACAAUUUAAAUGCAGGUCUUUUACUUGCACGUAGUAUUUUUACAUUGUAGUAUGAGUACUCAUAUGUCAGUACAGUACUGAACAUACACGCGGUAUUUUUGUGCAGUAUUUCCAGAGUACUGUCCUGUAGGUGCCCCCCCCCCCCCCGGGUGUCCCGGACUGCUCGGGCCGCGCAUGCUCGGUGCCGGGGAGUUCAGCACAUUGGAAGUGUCGGAAGUUUAGCAGUGAUUUAGCCCAACAGGCUAACAGCGGAGACACGGUCCAACGUCAAAAACUUGGUUUUCUGCCACAAAAAAGUGCGUUUGGACGGAAACUCCCUCCCGGCAGUGAAGCACGAAGGACUAUCGAUGGAUUUAAACCAUUUUCCGCAGUUUGAUUGGAACAAGCGGGAGCGUUAGAGAGUUUCGAAAGAAGUUGUGAUUGUUUUUUGGCGCUCUGGCAGCGCAGAGGAAAGAUGGAGGAUCUGCGGGUGUAGCAGCGGCUAACGCUAGCUGGCUCCUCCGUCUGCUGCCACUGUCGGUAGGGGGACAAACCUGAGCUGCUUCGCCGCUGUGUGGAAAUAUCUGAAUGCUUUGAUUCAACACGCUGAAGGUGCCCGAGCUGCUGUUCAUGUUUGCAGAUCAACCAAAGCAUGAGUGUCCCUCAGGCUCUGAGGAUGGGACCAGGGCUACUGGAGGCAGGAUCUAGACAUCAGAUGGUGCUCUGAAGAAGCCAUGGGUAGCUGUUUAAGCUGUCCAGAGAAAGAGUCAAUUCCAGAUAAUCAUCAGAGUAAAUUCAAGGUGAUCAACGUGGACGACGAUGGGAACGAGCUGGGCUCUGGUGUGAUGGAGCUGACCGACGCCGAGCUCGUCCUCCACACCCAUCGCCGCGACGACGUCAGGUGGCCUUACCUGUGCCUGCGGCGCUAUGGCUACGACUCCAACCUGUUCUCGUUUGAGAGCGGCCGCCGCUGCCAGACGGGCCAAGGUAUCUUUGCCUUCAAAUGUUCUCGAGCGGAGGAGAUCUUCAACAUGCUGCAGGAGGUGAUGCACAGCCAUAGCAUCAGUGUGGUGGAGGAGGCGGUGCUGGAGCCCAACCACCAGGCUGCACACACUCCUGCAGCUCUGGGUUACUCUGUGCCCACGGUGCCUAACGGUGUGACCAGGAUUCCCUCUGUGGGCGAGGCUCCGUCUCACCCCUCCACCCGUCACCCGUCUGUGGCCAGCACCCGCCUGCCGUCUGUGGGGGAGGAGUCCACUCACCCUCUGCUGGUGGCCGAUGAAGCGGUUCACACUUACGUCAACACCACCGGGCUCCUGGAGGACCAGCCCAGCCCGCUGACCGUCACCACUCCUCUGGAGAGUCCCACUUCUCCCCAGUCCCAGUGUCCUCCCACGCCCCCGCCUCCUCCCAGGGUCCGCGCCGAGCAUCCAGGCCCGCCCGCCCAGCCGGAGCCCCAGGUGCUGCUGGAACCUCAGGGGGUGCGCUUCGUGCUGGGCCCCACCCCUGUUCAGAGGCAACUGAUGGAGAAGGAGAAGAGGCAGCAGGAGCUGAAGGAGGCCGAGGAGCCCCGAGAGACUAAUGGCCACACCGAGGCCCCCGCCGAGCCCGAGCCCGCCCCCGCCCGCCCCCCCCCGCACUCCAAUGGGGGUUCCUCCUCCAAUCCGACGACGGCGCCACGCCGCCACCCGCCCACCCCCCUCACCCCCGACCUGCAGAAUGUCAACAACUCGGCCCAGCGGCGCACCGCCCUGCUGGACUAUGAGAACUUGCCGGCGCUGCCGCCGGUGUGGGAGGCGAGAAAGCCCAGCUCGGAGGAGGAGGAGAACGGCUGCAGUGGCCUGAAAACGCCAUCGCUCAACGGCUACAACCACCACCCCCACCACAGCCUGCUGCACCACUCCUACUCCCACCCCCUGUCCGCCGCCCUCGAACCCUCACACAACUACGUUAACACGGAGAAUGUGACGGCGCCGCUCAGCGCCCACCGGCCGGACACGGCACGCCGCCGCACCGACGGACCCACCAUCUUCAACUUCGAUUUCCGUCGGCCGCCGCUGCCGGGCCUCCCGGAGCCGCCCAAGACUCUAAACUACAUCGAGGUGGAGAUGGACAGCAGCGCCGGGAACAAGGGCACCUCAGACGGCAGCAACCCCCACACGCCCCGCACCCCCACCUCGCCGCUGCCCCCCACUACCCCCACCCGCCGCACUGAGCUCUAUGCCCUCAUAGACAUCGAGCGCACCGCCGCCAUGUCCAACCUGCAGAAGGCCCGGCCGCGAGAUGACGGCACGUCACGCAAGACGAGACACAACAGCACGGAGCUGCCCACCAAAAGCACUGCGUGACACCCCCCCCAAGCUAACCCUCUGUGUGUAAAGACGGAGCUGCUGUGUGUCCCCACCUGGACACUCAGCCAUGGACUCCUCCCCAACCAGUCCAACAUGACUUCCUGUGGUCACCUGUGCAGGUGGACCCUGAAGAAUGAACCUGGCUACUGGUCAUAUAGCAGUUUAUUCCUCUGGUGGAUGAUACCUCUGUUGUUGAGUCUGUGUGCAGGGCGGCGGUGAUGAUGAUGAUGAUGAUGAUGAUGAUGAUGAUGAUGAUGAUGAUGAUGAUGUUGUUAACAAGACUGCAUUCCUCCUCUUUAUAUGGUACAAAUCAGUAUUACUGAACAAAGCAUUCCAUUUAGCCUUUUAUAUGAUUCACUACAUGCUGCUGUAAUUCAGUAUCUAAGGACCAUGGUUCACCUGAGGUUCCUCGGAUGUUCAGUCGAGUUUGGCACAAUAAAUGUUUGUUGUUUUUACCUGUG